AUGAAUUUUGCAAAGCUAGAUAUGUUUUCAACUGAGUUUACCUUUAAUUUAGGUAAUCUAAACUCUAAGAAAGGAACAUUUUUAGGUACUUUACUUACUAUUUUUGUAGUUUUUACUGCUUUAACAUAUUUGACAUAUAUUCUUCAAUAAUAUUUUCAUAAUUUGAUUGAUCCAAAUUACAGAUCUUAAAAUGUAAUAUCUUCUUAGUUAAUUGAUGUGGAGUUAAAUAAUGAUUUUUUAGGAUUCAGAUUUGAAUACGAUUUAAAUAAAGGCAUUGAAUCUUUGUAGAAAUAAAAAAAUUUGACUUAUGUUGUAUACAUUGCUUAAUUUUAGAUUAGUAAUGGUGUUAACUAGCAAACUAUAUAACUUGAUAUAAUAGAAUGUUAAAAUGAAUCAUUGUAAGGAUUUAAUUGUGUUGAUUUUUCAAAGUUAUAGAAUAGCACGCUCUUUAAUUAUAAAUAAUAAAGCCAAUACUCUUCAAUCUAAAUUUAUAUUUAUGGAUGCUUAGAUUUAGAUGAUGUAAAAACUACUAUUCCUGAUAAUUGUGCACCCUAAGUCGAAAUAGAUUAAAUAAUAAAUGGGUAUUAUGCAGGGUAAAGAUUAAUGUUAUCUUCUUCUCUCUAUGAUGUAACUUCAAAAAAAUUUUUGAUAAGCUACAGAAAUAUAUUUGUAUAUGCUAUAGGAAAUUAAUAUGUUUACACUACAGUCGAAACUUAAAAGUAGAGUACUACUAUAAAGUAAGGUUUGUUUAUAUAAUCUGAAUAAACAUUUUCAUCACCAAUUUAAUAUGGGAUUAACAACUAAAAUUUUGAUAAAUAGUACAGCAUCCAAACAUGUGGUAUUGGACCUUACAAUUAGUUUAAUAUUGUAAUUGAUGAGAUAGUAUAGUAGAUCAAAAUCGAAUAUUAAACAAUACCUUAAGUCUUAGCUAUGGUUAAUAGUACAUUUACUCUUUUAAUGUUUUUAGGGGUUAUUGGAAGAUAUUUAGCUAAAAGGUCUAUAAUGUAAGAUUUAUUUAUGCUUUUUUUAAGGAAUAUGUAUUAAGACUCCUAUUCUUAGCUGCUAAAGUUAAAUAGCUUCUUUUAAUCCAAUUAAGAAUUUGAAUUCAAUUUAGACUUAAUGCAAAAAAAGAAUAAGUUUGUAGAAGAAAAAGAUGAAUCUUAGUCAAUAAAUUUUCCAUCUUUAACAUUAAAAACAAAAUAAAACUUAGAUAUAAAAAGAUUGACUUCUAUCAAUUAUGAAAAUAUUAAUUCUUCUUAAAUAGGCGAUUCGGAUAAGAUAAUUAAUUAAAACUAAUCACUUAAAUUUUUUUCUAAAAUGUCAUCUGUUACUUAUGAAUAAAAAGAAAACAUGCUAGAAGAUAGGUAAGCUAACAUAUCUAGUUUUUAUAAGCAAUCAACAAAAGAUAAUUAAUAGAAAAUUGAUUAAAGUAUUUGUAGUGAUUGCUCUCCAAACUAAAUGCUGAACAAAUAAAUAAAGAGAGUAGUUACCAAUUAAUUAAGACUUAAAAAAACAUCUUCUAUUAAAAAUAUUUCUCAAACAACAGACAAUCCAUUAUAUAAUUAAGCAAAUAAAUAAAAUAAUAACGAUUAAAAUAAAUCUGUUUUCGAUUACUAUAGUGAAAAAUUAAAAGCGAUCUACAACUUUUCAAUAUCUUAAAAAAUGCAAAAUAUAAUAUUUAAAACAAGGUUCUGUAAAAGGAAAAAAGAUUUAAGCAGAUUAGGAUUAAGCCAUUAAAUGAAAAAAACGAUUUCAGAAGAAGUUAAUAAAAACAUAGAUAUUUUUUAAGUUUACAAAGAUAUCUUAUUCCUUAAAAAGGCUGUGCUUAUAUUGUUGACUAAAGAAUAAUUGGCUGCACUUUAGCUUGUAGGAUGCUCAACAAUUUAUUUAAACUAAAAGGAUAAUAGUUAAUAAGAAUAGACUCAAACUUAAUUUGGCGAAAGCAGAAAGCUGAAUUAUUUUGAACAGUAAAUGUAGAUUUUGCAGUCACAAGAAUUGUAAUCAAGAUACAUCAAAAAAUUUAUUGCUAAGUUUCAUUAUAAAUAAGAUUUUGAUUUAACAGAUGAAAGAAUACUGUCAUCAAUUUCUAAGUGUAAUGAUAUUGAGUGA